AUGUGCGCGGCCAAUCAGCUUUCACCCGUUACCAGUCACACUAAGCCUUGGGAUCCAGGUGGGACAACUCUUUAUCCAAGACACUUUUGCCCCAGAAUUGUUACUCCAAUACUCAAUCCCCCGGAUCAUCCGAAGAUACCUAACAUUACCUCAAAUCCACUCGUCUCAACAAUGUCUAAAUACGAGAGCGCGCUUGCGCGCAUCGACGCAGCGCAUGCGGACGACCCUCGCCAGACCGAAACCGCAACACCCAUGCCCUAUGAACUUCACUACGCCCAAAAGAUGACGAGCUACCUCUCAACUCUACAGCCCGACGCGUCUGAGCUUCUACGCCUGGCGAUUCGCGCCCAGCAUCUCCGCCGCUGGGAGGUUCCCCGCGAUAGCUACCCCGCAACGAAGAUCGGAUAUCACUCGUGGCGCGCAGGACUUCAGAGGCGACAGGCUGCGCUUGUUGAGCAGAUGUGUGUGGAGAGCGGGUAUUCGGUCGAGGAGGCCGCCAGGGUUGGAGCGCUUGUGCGGAAGGCGGACUUGAAGCAAGGGGAUCCCGAUACACAAACACUUGAGGAUGUUGCUUGUCUAGUGUUUUUGGAUGAUCAGUUUGAUAAAUUUGAAACGGACUUGAAUGAUGAAGAGAAGAUGGUGGGCAUUUUGCAGAAGACCUGGGGGAAGAUGUCGGAAAGGGGGAGAGAGGAGGCUUUGAAGAUUAACUUGUCGGAAAAUGCGCAGAGGCUGGUCGGCAUUGCUUUGAGUGGAUGA